AUGCACCCCUUUCCCCCAUAUUUCUCGAAUCUCGAUCUGGCAUGGCUCACGGAGAAGCAGGCGCACCGCGGUGCCUACGUUCCUCUCUUUACUCGCUCUCGUCUCGUUUACCGGUCGUCGUCGCUCACGUCGCUUCGUUGUCGCAUCGCGCAUCGAGCCGCGGAGAGCUGCGCGGAGGCGGAAGAGGCCCACGAAGAGGGGCGCGCGCAGGAGGAGGCCGGGGAAGAGAGAGUGAAGGGGGGAGAAGCGGAGCAGGAACAUCAAGCGGAGGGAGAAGGGGAGGAGCAGGCUGAGGAGGAGCGGAAGGGGCAGGCGGAGGGGAAACGGGAGGGGAAGGGGCAGGCGCAAUGGGAGCAGGCGGAGGGGGAGCGGAAGGGGCAGGCGGAGGGGGAAGAGCGGGAGGUGCAGGUGAUGAAGUGGGGGCUGGUGCCGUCGUUCUGCAGCAAGGCACAGCCGCCCGACCACUUCCGCAUGGUUCUAUUCAUGCACUUCCACACGCACAAGAGUAGCUCGCUUCCACCCAUUUACACUCCUCAAUCUAUGCGUUUCGCCAUCUCUUUCCUCACUCCCUCGACACUUCAUCUGGCUGUCGUUCCUGAUGCCUUUUUCGCUGCAACGGCAGGCGAGCGACUGUUCACCUUCACAAUAGUCACAACGGCGGCUUCACAGCGCCUGCAGUGGCUGCAUGACCGCUUGCCGGCCAUCCUGCCAUCACAGCACCACAUCACAGCAUGGCUGCACGGCAAGCUCUCAGGGCCUGACGCCAUCACCCAGUGCUGCUCGCCCUACAACCACCCCGACCUGGUGUGGCACGCAGUGACGCCAGAAGUGGGCAAGCCGGCCUUCGACGGCCCGCAGUGUGUGCAGCCGAUUGCAUUGAAGCCGGCGCUCGCAUCCACCCCAAUCACCCAGCUCUUCGCUCGCAAGAGACAAAAACCGCCACCCACUGAUGUGGUGUGCACAGGAGGGGUGGACAGGCAAGAAGCGGAGACAGGAGGAGGUGCAGAGAGAGAAGGGCACGAAGUGAAAAGUGAGGAGGGAGGCAGUAUACAGGAGGAGAAACAGCCGGCGGGGGUGCAGGAAGCACCAGUGGAGGCUGGGGCUCGGGCUAAUGUAGGUGAUGGGGCGAGUGAGGAGCAAGCCAAGGAUGGUUCCAGUGGCAAUGAGAAAGAAGAGGGUGGUGUCCGUCGCGCACUUGCUCACAUUGCUACAGCGCGUAUCGCACCUUCUAGCCCUCACGGCGCCCGCGUCUGCCUCAAUCCCUUUCUCCCUUCCCCCCGCCUCUCCCCGCCACUCCCCCCUCUCCAUCGCCGUAUGCCCCGCGCAGCGUCCGCGCGGGCGAGCGCGCGCGGGAUACUGGCGGGGGACGCGAGGUACGUGCGCGCGCUGGGGGAGGUGGCGCGGUGGUGGGCGGAGAGCUGGCGCGUUCCGCUGCAGUACGAGUACGACCCUGCUGACGUGGCACACUACUUCAACCGCCGCCCGCACAUCGUGCUCCUGCGCACCCUCAAGGUGCGCCCGUGGGCCAUGCGCAUGGGUGCUUCCCCCUCUCACCCCCUCUCACCCCCACUGACCCACACUUUCCCUCACUCGCCACAUCGUGCUCCUGCGCACCCUCAAGUUGCGCCCGUGGGCAUGCACAUGGAUGGACUAGCUGCAUUGCUCAAACCGAAUGCACCUGAGCUGUGCCCCCGGAACCAUGCAUUCCCUUCCCUCUACCCUCCAGUACCACUCAUCCCACCAUCCUCUCCUCCUCUCCGACCUCCCGGCCCCUUCACCCCUACUCCCUCCCUCCUGUCCCCAGUGGCGCAGUCGCUGUCAGCACGGCCGGACGUGGUGGGGCCAGACACUGCCAAGGUAUUGGCAGAGCUGCAGGACCGUCUACCAGCGUUCCCCUCGGAAGACGCCAUGGCCGUCAUCGAGAGGGAGCUGGGCCGCCCCGCUGCUGCGCUCUUCCCCCUGCUCUCGCCCACGCCCGUUGCAGCGGCUUCAUUCGGGCAGGUGUACAAGGGGCGAACACGGGACGGCAUGCGAGUGGCGGUGAAGGUGCAGCGGCCGCGAGUGCUCUUCCUCGUCGCCAGAGACAUCCACAUCCUGCGCAUGCUGCUGCGGGCAGUGAGGCGCGUGGCGGGAAUAAACACGGACCUGGCAGCGUUGGCGGACGAGUUUGGGAGGGGGCUGUAUGGCGAGCUCGAUUACCGACAGGAGGCUAACAACGCCACCCUCUUCGCUGUCAGUUCUGCUCCCUGCUGCUCUUUCUACUGCUCUCCUUGCCGUCUGUGUGUGCCUGCCUGCUUGCCUGGGCCCUGUCCAUCACUCCUCAUCUGUGCCACUCCUCCUGCCCUCACUUUCUCUGCCCUGCGCCCCGCCUCUCCUGCCCUGCGCCCCGCCUCUCCUGCCCUGCGCCCCGCCUCUUUUUGCCCUGCGCCCCGCCUCUCCUGCCCUGCGCCCCGCCUCUCCUGCCCUGCGCCCCGCCUCUCCUGCCCUGCGCCCCGCCUCUCCUGCCCUGCGCCCCGCCUCUCCUGCCCUGCGCCCCGCCUCUCCUGCCCUGCGCCCCGCCUCUCCUGCCCUGCGCCCCGCCUCUCCUGCCCUGCGCCCCGCCUCUCCUGCCCUGCGCCCCGCCUCUCCUGCCCUGCGCCCCGCCUCUCCUGCCCUGCGCCCCGCCUCUCCUGCCCUGCGCCCCGCCUCUCCUGCCCUGCGCCCCGCCUCUCCUGCCCUGCGCCCCGCCUCUCCUGCCCUGCGCCCCGCCUCUCCUGCCCUGCGCCCCGCCUCUCCUGCCCUGCGCCCCGCCUCUCCUGCCCUGCGCCCCGCCUCUCCUGCCCUGCGCCCCGCCUCUCCUCCUGCCCUGCGCCCCGCCUCUCCUGCCCUGCGCCCCGCCUCUCCUGCCCUGCGCCCCGCCUCUCCUGCCCUGCGCCCCGCCUCUCCUGCCCUGCGCCCCGCCUCUCCUGCCCUGCGCCCCGCCUCUCCUGCCCUGCGCCCCGCCUCUCCUGCCCUGCGCCCCGCCUCUCCUGCCCUGCGCCCCGCCUCUCCUGCCCUGCGCCCCGCCUCUCCUGCCCUGCGCCCCGCCUCUCCUGCCCUGCGCCCCGCCUCUCCUGCCCUGCGCCCCGCCUCUCCUGCCCUGCGCCCCGCCUCUCCUGCCCUGCGCCCCGCCUCUCCUGCCCUGCGCCCCGCCUCUCCUGCCCUGCGCCCCGCCUCUCCUGCCCUGCGCCCCGCCUCUCCUGCCCUGCGCCCCGCCUCUCCUGCCCUGCGCCCCGCCUCUCCUGCCCUGCGCCCCGCCUCUCCUGCCCUGCGCCCCGCCUCUCCUGCCCUGCGCCCCGCCUCUCCUGCCCUGCGCCCCGCCUCUCCUGCCCUGCGCCCCGCCUCUCCUGCCCUGCGCCCGCCUCUCCUGCCCUGCGCCCCGCCUCUCCUGCCCUGCGCCCCGCCUCUCCUGCCCUGCGCCCCGCCUCUCCUGCCCUGCGCCCCGCCUCUCCUGCCCUGCGCCCCGCCUCUCCUGCCCUGCGCCCCGCCUCUCCUGCCCUGCGCCCCGCCUCUCCUGCCCUGCGCCCCGCCUCUCCUGCCCUGCGCCCCGCCUCUCCUGCCCUGCGCCCCGCCUCUCCUGCCCUGCGCCCCGCCUCUCCUGCCCUGCGCCCCGCCUCUCCUGCCCUGCGCCCCGCCUCUCCUGCCCUGCGCCCCGCCUCUCCUGCCCUGCGCCCCGCCUCUCCUGCCCUGCGCCCCGCCUCUCCUGCCCUGCGUCCCGCCUCUCCUGCCCUGCGUCCCGCCUCUCCUGCCCUGCGUCCCGCCUCUCCUGCCCUGCGUCCCGCCUCUCCUGCCCUGCGCCCCGCCUCUCCUGCCCUGCGCCCCGCCUCUCCUGCCCUGCGCCCCGCCUCUCCUGCCCUGCGCCCCGCCUCUCCUGCCCUGCGUCCCGCCUCUCCUGCCCUGCGUCCCGCCUCUCCUGCCCUGCGUCCCGCCUCUCCUGCCCUGCGCCCCGCCUCUCCUGCCCUGCGCCCCGCCUCUCCUGCCCUGCGCCCCGCCUCUCCUGCCCUGCGCCCCGCCUCUCCUGCCCUGCGCCCCGCCUCUCCUGCCCUGCGCCCCGCCUCUCCUGCCCUGCGCCCCGCCUCUCCUGCCCUGCGUCCCGCCUCUCCUGCCCUGCGCCCCGCCUCUCCUGCCCUGCGCCCCGCCUCUCCUGCCCUGCGCCCCGCCUCUCCUGCCCUGCGCCCCGCCUCUCCUGCCCUGCGCCCCGCCUCUCCUGCCCUGCGCCCCGCCUCUCCUGCCCUGCGCCCCGCCUCUCCUGCCCUGCGCCCCGCCUCUUUUUGCCCUGCGCCCCGCCUCUCCUGCCCUGCGCCCCGCCUCUUUUUGCCCUGCGCCCCGCCUCUCCUGCCCUGCGCCCCGCCUCUCCUGCCCUGCGCCCCGCCUCUCCUGCCCUGCGCCCCGCCUCUCCUGCCCUGCGCCCCGCCUCUCCUGCCCUGCGCCCCGCCUCUCCUGCCCUGCGCCCCGCCUCUCCUGCCCUGCGCCCCGCCUCUCCUGCCCUGCGCCCCGCCUCUUUUUGCCCUGCGCCCCGCCUCUCCUGCCCUGCGCCCCGCCUCUCCUGCCCUGCGCCCCGCCUCUCCUGCCCUGCGCCCCGCCUCUCCUGCCCUGCGCCCCGCCUCUCCUGCCCUGCGCCCCGCCUCUCCUGCCCUGCGCCCCGCCUCUCCUGCCCUGCGCCCCGCCUCUCCUGCCCUGCGCCCCGCCUCUCCUGCCCUGCGCCCCGCCUCUCCUGCCCUGCGCCCCGCCUCUCCUGCCCUGCGCCCCGCCUCUCCUGCCCUGCGCCCCGCCUCUCCUGCCCUGCGCCCCGCCUCUCCUGCCCUGCGCCCCGCCUCUCCUGCCCUGCGCCCCGCCUCUCCUGCCCUGCGCCCCGCCUCUCCUGCCCUGCGCCCCGCCUCUCCUGCCCUGCGCCCCGCCUCUCCUGCCCUGCGCCCCGCCUCUCCUGCCCUGCGCCCCGCCUCUCCUGCCCUGCGCCCCGCCUCUCCUGCCCUGCGCCCCGCCUCUCCUGCCCUGCGCCCCGCCUCUCCUGCCCUGCGCCCCGCCUCUCCUGCCCUGCGCCCCGCCUCUCCUGCCCUGCGCCCCGCCUCUCCUGCCCUGCGCCCCGCCUCUCCUGCCCUGCGCCCCGCCUCUCCUGCCCUGCGCCCCGCCUCUCCUGCCCUGCGCCCCGCCUCUCCUGCCCUGCGCCCCGCCUCUCCUGCCCUGCGCCCCGCCUCUCCUGCCCUGCGCCCCGCCUCUCCUGCCCUGCGCCCCGCCUCUCCUGCCCUGCGCCCCGCCUCUCCUGCCCUGCGCCCCGCCUCUCCUGCCCUGCGCCCCGCCUCUCCUGCCCUGCGCCCCGCCUCUCCUGCCCUGCGCCCCGCCUCUCCUGCCCUGCGCCCCGCCUCUCCUGCCCUGCGUCCCGCCUCUCCUGCCCUGCGUCCCGCCUCUCCUGCCCUGCGUCCCGCCUCUCCUGCCCUGCGUCCCGCCUCUCCUGCCCUGCGUCCCGCCUCUCCUGCCCUGCGUCCCGCCUCUCCUGCCCUGCGCCCCGCCUCUCCUGCCCUGCGCCCCGCCUCUCCUGCCCUGCGCCCCGCCUCUCCUGCCCUGCGCCCCGCCUCUCCUGCCCUGCGCCCCGCCUCUCCUGCCCUGCGCCCCGCCUCUCCUGCCCUGCGCUUCCCGCCCCCUGCAGUGCACUGCUGCCCUCCCUUUCCCCCCCACCAGCGUGCACAUGCACGCCUUCCAGGCAUCACAGUGCCAGCAAUCCGCCCAGACCUGAUAUCGAGCCGAGUGCUGACGAUGGAGUGGGUGGAGGGCGCGCGCACCAGCGACGUGCUGGGCCAGGCUCAGCCAACCCACGCGCACCUGCCAGGCAUCACGGUCCCCACCAUCCGCCCAGACCUGACAUCGCGGCGAGUGCUGACGAUGGAGUGGGUGGAGGGCGAGCGCACCAGCGACCUGCUGGCCCAGGCGCAGGGCGUGCUGGGGGCUGCUGGAGGGGAGGAGGCCCGGCAGCGUGCCAAGCAGAAGCUGCUGCGCAUGGUGGGUGGGAGUGGGGGGGGGGGUGAGCGGUGUGAGUGA